ACAAGUAAAAAUAUAAAUAACUCCAGCAGAAACGAAAGAAAGAAAACCUAAUGCUGCAUUAUACAUCUGACUCGCUAGAAUCGAACAAUUGAGUAAUCGUUUUAAUUGAAUUUGAGAAUUUCAUUUCGAAAAAUAUUUUCAGAAAAUUCUUUAAAAAUCGCUUAAUUGCAUAUUUGUCCAAUUUUCAUUACUCUUUUUCUUUUCCCCAAUUUCGGAAAGUAAUCUUCGGUUGCUUUCUAAUUUCUCUUUGACUACAUAUUUAUGGAUAUUUGCUUGCAUAUCGUCGGCACACAUGAUCAGAAUACUUAAUAAUAUGCUGUAAACAAAAUGUGUGCAAAUAUGUAUGUAUGCAUACGCAUAUAUAUAUAUAUAGAAACGUAUCCAUCUGCAUUCGAUAAUAUACGCAUAAUAAGGAUCAUAAUCCUUUAACUAACUACGGCAGCUAAGUAUAAUUGAUAGAUGGGGAGACCUCUUGAUGCAAGCUUUCUCAUCCAAAAAGGUUCAUAUUAAUGCAAUCGUCAUAUUGCUCUUGUUUUCCAUUCAUAUGAAACAUGCAUGCCCUCGGCCAGCCGCUCGCUGAGUAUAUCAUCGUUGUCGUUGUCGUUGUCGUUGUCGUCGUCGUCGUCGUCUGUGUCAUUUUGGCCUAAAGCCAACUAUUUUCAUUUAGCAAAGUAACACAGCACUCUUGCUUCCUGUGUUCAAAAUUAUUUAAAGAAUAGUCAAAUAAAACAAAAAGCAGCAACUGUUACCGGUAAACUAUGAACGCACGUACAUAUACCACAUACAGAGUAAAUGGGCGAACGUUAAUGUAGCGCCUGAAUGCUCUCAUGCAUGCGCAAUAAACAAAUGUAAAGCAAUUUUAUAAGCACUCCGAAGUAAUGAUGGCUAAGGCGGUAUGAUGAAAAUCCUUACUAUCCUUAAAAUGCAAGAUUAUCCGGACGGUAACGCUAUGGUUCAACUUGAUCACGAGAAUUCAAUACAAUGCGUUGUGCAUGACAAGACGCCCGACUCUGAGCAAAGGAAAAUUAAUAUUGUGGUACGACCCCCCUAUACAGUGGGAAAAGUAAUUGCCGAUAUAAAGACCCAAUAUCGUUACGACAAAUUUGAUUUGAUUUUACAACCAAAUUCCGGCACUGACUUGGUUUACUUGAAUGAUCAUCAACCGGAACUAUUGUAUAAUGUGCCGGGCUUUGAGCAGAAAGAAAAGAAUUACUUUAUUUUAUUUCCCGCCGGCAAAUGGGACGGAAACGUAAAGUUCCGUUAUGAUAUAGCUAUGGGUAAUUCUGCUCAUGCUCUGCCCAAUGGAAGCGCAGCACCAAAAAGCCUUAUUAUGUUUAAUGACCACAAUAUCAGUAUAAAUAACAACGGUGUCGAUAUCAGUACCAGUACCAGUAGUAGCAGCAAUAUUGAUAAUAACAAUGUAAAUAAUAUUGCAAGUAGUGGCGUGACUAAUGGCGCUAAUGGCUCCAUAAAUCAUUCAGAUGAAGAUAUGCCUGUUCUGAAUUCAAGAGGGAUGCAUAUUCCAACGAACGAUGCAAAUGUUUCGCCACCAUCGUCAAUGACUACCGUAACGAAUGCCACAAAUACAGAUUCAUUAAACCUUAGUCCCAUGUCUGAACCGGAUCCGUUGUCGGAUGAUGACUUAGCAUUGGGCGCAUCAGCCAGUCCCCCAGAGACCGAACCCAUGCAAUGUGGCGCGCCUCUCUCUCUCGCGCACACAUCGUCGCCGAACUUCAAUUUGAGUCAAUAUGGAGUUUAUCGCGACUUAUCAGAUACCCUAAUUGAGGCUGAAAAAAAAUAUCGUUUAUCUUCGUUGCCUUCACUUUCCCCUGCCGCUGCUGGAAUAUCAAGCAACAAUGGUUACGUAGGUCUGGUCAAUCAGGCAAUGACAUGUUACCUUAAUAGUCUUCUGCAAGCUCUGUUUAUGACGCCGGAAUUUCGGAACGCGCUCUAUCGCUGGGAAUUCGACAACGAUCACGAGGCCAAAAAUAUUCCCUAUCAAUUGCAGAAACUCUUUCUCAAUUUGCAGACAUCGAAAAAGUCAGCUGUCGAAACUACUGAUUUAACUCGGAGCUUCGGUUGGAAUUCAUCGGAAGCAUGGCAGCAACACGACAUUCAGGAACUGUGCCGGGUUAUGUUCGAUGCUCUCGAGCAUAAAUUUAAAAAUACCAAACAGGUUAAUCUUAUAGCCAAUCUUUACGAAGGUAAAAUGAUUGACUAUGUAAAGUGCUUCGACUGCAAUACGGAGAAAACACGAGCCGAUACCUUCCUUGAUAUACCUUUGCCAGUACGACCUUUUGGGAGCACAGCUGCUUAUGGCAGCAUUGAAGAAGCUUUACGAGCCUUUGUACAGCCAGAGACAUUAGAUGGCAAUAAUCAAUACUUCUGUGAGAAAUGUAACAAAAAAUGUGAUGCUCAUAAAGGAUUAAAAUUUAAAAAUUUCCCAUAUAUAUUGACUUUACAUUUGAAAAGAUUCGAUUUCGAUUAUCAAACAAUGCAUCGCCUCAAACUGAACGACAAAGUUACUUUUCCACAAGUGCUAAAUUUAAGCACCUUUAUAACGUCUGGGGGGAAUGAAUCGGCUCAAACGAACGGUAGCAUUCCGAAUGGAUCAUCAGCUACAACGGAUGAUUGUAGCACAACGGACAGCGGCUCUGCUAUGGAGGAAGAUAAUUGGAGCAGUGGCAUAACUACGACUAACUCUAUUUACAACGUAAUCGACAUGAACGACGAGGACCAGGACGAGGGCAUCGAUAUGAGUUCAAGCACGGAUCAUCGCAAUCGCAUUAACAGUAGUCAGCAUGCCAAAAAUGGAUCUAAUCAAUACGCAUACGAAUUAUUUGCGAUUAUGAUUCAUUCGGGUAGUGCGUCCGGAGGUCACUACUAUGCUUACAUUAAAGAGUUUGAGAACAGUGAAUGGUAUUGUUUUAAUGAUCAGUCAGUCACACCGAUAACACAAGAUGAUAUACAGAAAUCGUUCGGCGGUGGCUCCAGCAAAGGUUAUUAUUCCAGCGUUUAUAGUUCAAGUACAAAUGCUUACAUGUUGAUGUACCGGCAAAUCGAUCCAAAGCGUAAUGAAAAGGUUUUAAGGGUUGACGAUUUUCCAGCACACAUUAAAACGCUCGCUGAGAAACUUGGACACGAAGAAGAAUUGCGAAUAACACGAAGUGGUGGCGGGAGCGCUUCUAGCAGCAACGCUCGUCAUCGUCCCAUUUCGGAUUUAGCGUUACCGGAGCAUAUUAAGCCACGUGUUUACUUUUACAAUCCCGAACUAAGGAAACUAAAAAUGACUAGAGUAUAUAUUACGCAAAAGUUCGAUCUUAAUAGUGUCUUAGAGUCCGCAUAUCAAAUGCUGAGUGUAGAGCAAUUUGCGCCAUUAACACACUGCCGCCUUGUCGCUUAUGAUCCCGCAGCUGAGCGCAUAAUACGAUCGUUUGAAAACACCACUAACACUUUGUUUAAUGAAAUUCGAAAUGCUGGUGAUGACCCUAUAGAAUUUUUGUUGGAAUAUAGAGCUGAUGGCCAAGAGUUUGAAAUUUAUGAGCCGGAUGGUGCAACGUGGUAUGUUUUCAUGGUCAAUCUAUCUACAAUGGAAAUGGACGGACCAUUUUUCGUAUAUUCCCAAGCCUUAGAAAACAAUCCCAUAUUGAAGCGCUCAAUAGCCACGCGUUUGAAUGUAAGUGAAGAACAUCUACUUGUGGCAACUACUCAACGUCAUAAGAAGGCUUUUGCUGCCUGCGAUCUGUUACCUAAUACUGAAACACAACAACAUCUACAGAAAUUAGCUCGUUCACGGUUCAAGGAUAUCACAUAUUUAUUUUUGAAUGUACCCAGUACGGAUGCGACGAACUUAGAGAUAAUUGAUAUACCGUAUGACGGUAUAUCAGCAAGGCAAGAUCAGCUAACCCCAGCUGGAGAUGCGGUGCCUGAUGGAUCCAGUGCUUGUACCGAAAUCUACGACUCACGUGCAUCCGGAGACUCAGCACAACCCGCUAACUUUUCACAUAAUCUUGAUAACCUUGGUGGCAAUAUCCUUACCACGCCGGCCUUAAAGUUCGCUGUUGGGCAUGAAUCCAAUUCUGAGGAUAGUAGUUUAAGCGAUGGCGAUCGUACUCUAGUUGAAAACUUACAAAAUCGGGGAGGUGGCGACAGCCAAAUUUCUAGCACUAGUCAUUCGCCUCAAUUAUCAAGUCCCGAAGAUGAGAAUCGCCAGGAUUCUAUCAACCGCGUCAAUGCCUUCUACAGUGCCUGCUAUGAAUUAAGCCAAAGCGAACCAGUCGUUGAUCCACAGGCGACACAAUUCUUUCACGCGAUCAAACUUGACGUUAUGGACACAGCCACUCUUCUCUCCAAUAGACACCAUAAUCCAUAUAGUGACCUGGACUCGGGCGAAGAUGUUGCUCGUAAACCAAUGCGUUCAUAUAAAAUCCUUGUUGAUUCCCACAUGAAAUUAAGUGUUCUUAAGAGACAUAUAGAGCGCCUUAUCAACGUCCCGCAAAAAUAUUUUCAAAUUCAUCAUAAACAUGACAAGAAACUCCUCAGCAUGUCUCAGUCGCUGGUUUACUUUAGCGAGGGUGAAGUAUUGAGCGUAGAGUUGGGCAAAGAGCUUUUGCCAGAGGAGCAUCGAGCAAAAAUUUAUUUUAUGCGCUUGUCGGAAUUUAACAACGAUACGGCACGAGUCGCCUUUAUCUGCGAAUGGAUUUAUACGGACGCUACGCCAGUCAUAGUAGCUAAGAAAGCAUUAAUAGCCAAACUGCAACGCAUUGACGGCGUUAAAUAUAAAACGCUCACAUUAGACAAUUGUCGGUUAUGGCUUAAGGGUGGUCGCAGCCCUAUUAGAAUAUACGCCGAUAAUGAAACUAUGGGCAGCGAUGUGCUUUCAUCAGCUUCAAUGGAGUUCAUUAUACAAGAAUGUGAAGACGGAGUUUCACCAAACAUUGGGGAGGAUGGUUUAGUCAUAUUUGUGCGUCGUUGGUAUCCCGAUACAUUGGAAUUGGGGCGAUUCCAAGAGAUUGCUUUGGAAAAGCACAGCGAAAUACAGAAUGCUUUAUCAAAAUUGUCUGGCAUACCAGAAGAAAAUAUUGCCUAUACCAAGGUAAAUGGCUACUUCCCGAAUACUAAUGUUUCCCUUUUGAGUAUAAAUAAUGCUAUGAGCUGGAUCUCAAUGCCCGCCACGGUCGACAAGUAUCCAUUAAUUAGCACGGUCACCGGAAAUAUGUACUUUUACAAGGAUGUAACAACAACUGCCAAGGAACUAACAAACGAAGAACGUAGAGAAUGGAGUGCUAAAGAAAAAUCCCGUCUUGAUCGUCUGGGAUGUAUAUCCACAUCUAGAUUUUCUCCUCGGCGUGAACGGGCACUCAAAAUUUACUUAGACCCUCCUGCUGCUGGCACCAAUAGCACAACGGUCAUGCCACCGCCAGAUGCCAACACCACAAUGAUUGACGAUCUAUCUUAAAUUAGCAAAGGACGGAUUUUAAAAAAAAAUGCGUUAUUUCACUUCGCUUUUGUAGGAAUACUAACAUAACACGAUAUGAUUGAUAAUAACAGCAAUAUCAAAAUUAGAAAAAGUGUUACUUUAUGUUGCUUUCUUUAUAAACCGAACUCCAAAAAAAAAAAACAAAAACAAA